CAUGAUAUCCUCUUCUUAAUUCCUUCAACACACGUUUCGGAGUAGUAGCUCCCACUCUGACAAAUUCAUUCAUGCAGUUUGGUUUUACUUUUGCGAGUAGAUAAACGUGUCUGUAAACACUCGUCGUAAAGUGCUAUUAAAAUAGAAUUGACGUACCUUAGUCGGUGCGGUGGUCAAAAUCUUAUAAUACAUUUCAUGUAUCUACUCCUGGAAAUAGUUGUCUUCUGAAUUUUUUUUCUGCGGCUUGGGAAAACAAGGACCAACGAAGAAAUAUAUUCCUCACGGGAUUCGCAAACUUGUAUACAAAUCCACAAAUGGAGACAAUAAUGUUGCAAGAAUAUCUGGACUCUAGUGAAGAAGAUGACCCACAAGAAUACCGGCCAGCGAAAGGGAAAGCCAACGAGAACUGCGUGUGGAAAAAUCGGAUUUUAUCCGACUACUCAGAUUUCAACAAGUACGGAUGUCCUUGGGGAAUAUCGGCCCAGAUUAUGGAAAACGACGUACGUUUGUGGGCGGUGCAGAUCAUGGGUCCGCUCGGAACAAAGUAUGAAGGAGGUUACUUUGAAGGAACUUUGCUAUUCUCUGACCUGUACCCGUACCAUCCGCCAAACUUCAAAUUCACCACGUCCAUGUUUCACCCUAAUAUUUCCAAAAAUGGGGACGUUUGUGUGGAGCAGCUGUACCGGAUGUGGAGUCCGGCCCACACCGUGUGGUCAUUUUUGGUCUCAAUCCAGUUCGUACUGGCAGACGCGAAUACGGACGACGUUCUCAACGCCACGGCUGCACUGUAUUAUAAAACUGAUCCCGAGCAGUUUGAGGACAUUGUGAGAGAAGGGAUUGCUGAGUCAAGGGCUGCGUUGGAAAGUACGGAAAAUACUUUCAACAACCUGGGAUGAAUUUCAGCAGGGUGAAAUUUCAUGGAAUUAUAUGAAAGAACAAUUUACUUUAUUUAAUUUAUAACGCAUUACUCGCUAAAUAUGUAUAUAUAUAAUAUAUACGUAAAACGUCAAUAAUCAAUGUAAUUCUUUUAUUUUAAAUUUUAUUCAUGUCAUAAUUUACUGAAUUUAGCUGAUUAACGUGACGACUUUAAAUAAAGGUGAUGUAACACUUACAAAAUAAUUUAUAUGUGCAAGAUAACAAAUCUGAUUAUCCAGCCAGAAAGAUGAAUAAACAUUUUUUUUUGAAUUUAA